AUGGCCGUGGCAGAAGCGUUGCCUGAUCGGCCGCAUCGGCGCUUGCGGCGGCUGGUGUCUUGGACGUGCCUGGUCCUGGGGGCCGGCGUGUCUUUAACCGGCGACAGCGGCGGAAGCGGCGGAAGCGGCUUCACGCUGCCCCGGAGGGCCGUCGGCAUUGCCCACCUCCUCGUCCUGCCGAAGGUCGCAGAAGCGAUCGAGGAUGCGGGCGUGCCUGGGGGGCCCACCGAAGCAGACGUGAGCUCGAUGCAGUCCGCGCUGUCGGCGGUGCAGCGUAUCGGGGACUUUCCGAGCAAAUCUGCGUUGGCCACAGCAGAGCAGGAGCUCACGCAGCUGCUCUCGAGGUGGCGUGUGCUGGCAGUGUCCGCGAAUGAGGUCCCGGCCAUCCUCCGGCGACGGGCCUACGUGCACCUGCGCGGCGGCCGCUUGCAGGAGGCUUUGGCGGACCUGGACGAAGCUCUGCGACUAUGCGAGGCGUCCAAGACGGAUCCGAUAGUGCUUUACGACGAGAUGCCGAAGGUCCUGGUGUCGCGUGGCAAUGUUUUGAGGGCCAUGCAGCGCUGGGAUGCCGCCGUCUUGGACUACGACCGGGCGGCACAGCUCUUUGGAGAGCCUCUGGAGGACUUGGAGCUGCUGGAGGGCCGGGCGAAGGCAAAAGUGGGCCAGGCGCAGUUCCUUUCCGCCUCAGAGGAUUUCGAGGCCGCUGCCGCGCUGCUGCGCUCCGCGGGCCGCCGCCCGGAGGCGGAGAUCGCCGACGAGCGCAGCGCGGUCGCGCUGCUCGGCGAGGACCUCGCCAAGGCCGAGGAGGGGUUUGUGGGCGUGAUCCGCCGCUGUGUGGGCUUGAUGAGCCAAGACAUGGCCCUGCUGCAGCGGGUGGUACAGGCUGACUCCGAUGCCAGGAUGGCAAUGGUCGCCAUCUCAUGGCACAAAGGUGAGACGGAAAUAGCCGAGACGUACUGGCGUGAUGGAUGCGACAGAUUGAACAUCUUGGCAGCCGAAGCGCAGGGAAAGAAUCUGGCACUGGGAUUUGCGAAUGGGGAUAUCUACAAUUGUACAAGGUACACAUCCGACUUUGAUUGGAUCCGUGAAGCUCAGGGCUGGCCAAAGGAAGCCAUCAGCUGGUUUCAGGAUUUCCUACAAAGACGUCCCGGCGAGGCCCCUAGAGACAGCUACCUGCAGGACCUAAUGGCUGGCAAGAAGCCCGGAGAAGGCAGCACUCUCAUGGACCUGGCUCUCGCCUCGGAUGCAUUUCGUCGAAGCGACCCGCUGGCAGAUUUACAAAAGAAUCUGAAGCGGCAACCCGAGCUCGACCGACAGCGCCAGACUGCGGAGCGGCGAUAG